AUGGCACCAUCGUUCAAGUCUGUGCUCGCGGUCGCCGGAGCUCUCAUUGCUCCCGUCGUCGCCCAAUUCCCUCCUGCACCCGAAGGCCUCACUGUGCUCAAGUCCAAGUUCAACGAGAACAUCACUAUCAGCUUCAAGGAGCCCGGCAUCUGCGAGACAACCCCUGGGGUCAAGUCGUACUCGGGCUACAUCCAUCUGCCCCCAGGCCACAUUGACGGCCUUGGCCAGGAGCAGACCUAUCCCGUCAAUACCUUCUUCUGGUUCUUCGAGGCCCGAAAGGAUCCCGAAAAUGCGCCACUCUCGAUCUGGAUGAACGGUGGCCCUGGCAGCUCGUCCAUGGGCGGCCUCCUCUAUGAGAACGGUCCUUGCUUCGUCAACCCAGACUCCAACACGACAAGGCUCAACCCUUGGUCGUGGAACAACGAGGUUAACAUGCUCUACAUCGACCAGCCUGUGCAGGUGGGUUUCUCGUAUGAUACCCUCAGAAAUGUCACGAGGAACCUGCUCGGCAGCGUGCAGACCCUCCCUCCUGGUGCCCCGAUCCCCGAGCAGAACGUUACCUUCCACGUCGGCACGUACCCAAGCAACAACCGUGACGCCACCUCUCAAGGCAGCCGCAACGGUGCCAUCUCUCUGUGGCACUUUGCUCAGGUCUGGUUUCAGGAGUUCCCCGGCUACCACCCCAACGACGACCGCAUCAGUAUCGCGACCCAGUCGUACGGCGGUCGCUACGGCCCUGCCCUGGCCGCCUUUUUCCAGGAGCAAAAUGAAAAGAUCCGCGACGGCACUCUCGACAGCGGCGAGGGCGAGAACUACAUUCUCAACCUCGACACGCUGCUCCUCGUCAACGGAUGCAUCGACCGCAAGGUGCAGUGGCCGUCGUACGCAACCAUGGCUUACAAUAAUACGUACGGCAUUGCGACAGUCGACGAGGCGACGUACCUCGGCAUGAUCGACGCCUUUGAGCGCCCCGGCGGCUGCGCCGACCAGAUUGACGAGUGCCAACGUCUCGCGCGCCUCGACGACCCGGAGAACCUCGGCAUCAACGCCAACGUCAACCGCGUCUGCCAGGCGGCCGAGACGUUCUGCUCACGCUACAUCCGCGACCCGUACAUCCAGCAGUCGGGCCGUGACUACUACGACGUCACGCAAGUCGACCCGACACUGUUCCCGGACCCCUACUACGCCGCCUACCUCAACCAACCGCACAAGGGCCGCCCUUUUGCCGAAGCCGGGCUACGCGCCGCUGCGCACUGCGCCCUCGGCCCAAGAUUGCCGGCCCAGAUUUCGCCAGCACGGGCAACCUGUCGUUUGCGCGCGUCUACCCAGCCGGGGCCCGCCGUGCCGGCGUACCAGCCCGAGGCGGCGUACCGCAUCUUCAUGCGCGCCUUGUUCAACCGUGAUCUGGCGACGGGGCGCGUCGACACGGCGGUGAAGGAUGAUUACUCGACGUCAGGCCCGGCGGAUGUGUUGGGUGUCAAGAAUGAGGUGCCGGAGCAGUAUCCUGACUACUGCUAUAUUCUGGACACGAGCACGUGUAGCGCGAGGCAGAUUGCCGCACUUCGCAAUGGCUCGGCUGUCAUUAAGGACUACAUCAUGCUGGAGCCGAGUUCGUAG